AUGGCUGAGGUAGAAGACCUUCAAACUGAGGAGGAAGGAGUUGCACUGGAAGUAGAGCAUGUGUCGUCUACAGAGGAGGCUUAUGUCAGAGUUUUUUACACCACGCGGGGCAAGCAAGAAGACGAGAGCCUCUCAGUCACACAGCCUCUGCUUCAGCACAAACAUCAGGACAGCCGUGAUGAGAAUCACAAAGCAGACACGCGAACAGCGACAGAUGGGACUGGCCGAAAGACAUCUGUUCCACAAGAGCUGGAAUUGGCUGGCAGGGAUGAGCCCGGCUGCAGUGGAAGUGUCAGGAGUUUGUGCAGUGACAGCAGUCGGCACGAGUGCCCCAUCUGCAGCGAGCGGUUCACCUCGCACGGAGAUCACCGCGUCACCUUACUCAACUGCAACCAUGAACUGUGCCACCACUGUGUGGCUGGCAUCAUGAAGCGCGCCAAAGACCAGGGCCGACUGCGGUGCCCCUUCUGUCGACAGACCACUCCGUUAGCGCACUGGGAGAUCAGAAGACUGCAGGAGGAGUUGUACAGUAACAGCUUUUAUGAACCUGGACCACCCCUCAUCAUCAAUCCUGUCCCUGAACUUCAAUCUGUCCCAGUAUCACAGUUUUGCUGCUUUGCUGUGGAGGGGCAGCUGGAGACACACACACACAUAUGUGGAUGCUGCCCUUCCUGCACUGUCAGAGGCCUCAGACUGGUGCGACCACACUCCCUGUGCUUGUCCAUGAGUGCCCUGCUGCUGCUCUUCAUGGUGCUGCUGGGCUACCUCCUCUACAUGCUUGUUCCUGUUAUAAUAAUGAACGUGCUUUUCAGUGACGGCUGAGUUCAUAGCCAAUCCUUUGAGUGACUUCAGCUGGCUGACUUCUGCAAAAACUGCCUGUUAGUUAUUUUGAUACCAUUACAAAGAAGUGACAAACACCUGCAUGGCUGGGAACAUACAGUGCCGCUUUAAGGGAAGUUUUCCCUUAGUUACUCUGCAAUGUCAAAUCUCAUUUAUACUUCCACUGUUUUAAUAACCUCAUUUAUUAUUUGUCAUGAUUAUUCCACACUCACCUUUGGACUCAGUCAUUUCUGAU